AUGGGCAACACGAUAAGCGGUACAGCCCAUCGUCCUGCAGGGGCUACAGAGCUCCUGCUAGACCCUAGUUUGAGUUAUGAGUGCAGUCUGGGCACAUCGCGUAUAUUGCGGGCGGCCCGUGUGAAGCAUGCCAUGGGGUCCCUUGUGAUCAAGACGUUCACCAAGCCUGACUCGGAGAUACGCCUACGUGCCCUUGUGCGUCGGCUUCAGUGGGAAAGUGAAGCAUUGGAUAACGUGCCGAAUGUCUUGGCGACACAGCGUGUCAUCGAGACGGAGACGUCGGCGUAUUUGAUCCGUCAAUGGCUUCAAUGCAGCUUGUACGACCGCAUCAGCACGCGACCUUUUCUCAGUGAAGUGGAAAAACUGUGGAUCAGUUACCAGCUUCUGUACGCAUUGCGUGCUGCGCAUGAGCGCCACGUUCCACAUGGCGACUUAAAGUGUGAGAAUGUGCUCGUGACGUCGUCAUUGACGGUGUACAUCACCGACUUUUCAUCGUCGUUCAAGCCCACAUACUUACCUCUGGAUGACCCCAGUGACUUUUCCUUGUUCUUCGACUCGUCAGCCAGGCGCACAUGCUAUAUUGCCCCCGAACGGUUUUACGAAUCGCUAGCAGAUUUACCCGCGUCAUCGCCGCCCCAUCCAUCCAUGCCAUCGGGCCUUCCGAAUGAAUCCUAUGUGCAGCAUUUGGGCCUAGAACGAUCUCAGCACCCCAUCACGGAGGCUAUGGACGUGUUUUCUCUUGGGUGUGUGCUAGCAGAGCUCUGGCGGGACGGCACGCCGCUCUUUACUCUCAGUCAGCUGUUCCGCUACCGUAAAGGGGAGUUGGACCUGCAGCCUAUGCUGGAGGAGAUACCACAUGCUGGCAUUCGUGCCCUUGUCCAUGACAUGCUGCAAGUCGACCCUGGGGCGCGACCUACCUUGGACAGCUUGUUGCAUGGCUCCCAGGGCACAGUCUUCCCUGAAUCGUUUUAUGCGAUCCUUCAUUUGUACCUGGUGGACUUGCAGCGGCGUACGGGCGAAGAGGAUGAGGCCUCAGGGCUUCAUGAGUCGACGGACGAGCGCUGGCAACAAGCGCGUCUUAUGCGGCUGCUAGAGCCAGACGACCGUAUUGAAAAGCUGUACGAGGACUGGGCUACGUUGGUUCGCUUUUUUGGCGACGUGCCCACCUCGGGUCAGACCCAGGAUGUGCAGCUGCAUAGUGCCAUCCCACGCCUAUCGCUCCCCGACUGCGUACCACGCAUUCACGUGAAGAGUGAUAAUGAAGUGUUGGUGGUAUUGAGUGUACUUCUGGCCAACGUACGGCAUGCGCAGCGUGCAUCGACCAAGUUUCAUGCCAUGGAACUACUACUGCAUGUUGUUUGGGGCUGGCUUACAGACGAGGCUCGCUUUGAUCGGGUCCUGCCCUACUUUGCGUCACUGCUGGAAGAUCCCAGUCCUCGUGUACGUGCCAUGGCGAUGCAUGGUCUGGCGACGUUGUUUGAGUGCGUCUCGCAAAUCUCGCCGAGCAACGAUGGGGUCCUUCACGACUUUGUGUGGCCGCAUGUGGCGCCACUCGUAUCCGAUCCGAGCGAGCAUGUGCGUACGACGACGGUGUCAUGCUUAGCACGCCUCGUGACAGAAGCGCUGCGUCUGGCCCAUACGCAGGCCAGCGACUCGUUUGAGCAGGACGUACACUCUCUUCGUCUCUUUGUACGUGAUCAAGUGGCUCUGUUUGUCACGGAUGCAUCGCCGCAAGUGCGUCGUGCGCUAUUGACGCAUAGUCUGACAUGGGGCCUGCUGAUGGGGCCUGAGUAUGUGCAGUCGGAGCUUCUCAGCCAUGUCUUGACGUACCUCAACGACCCAGACGCCGAGCUGCGGAAGGCAGUAUUCACGGCGAUGGUCGACUUAGAGCCGAUGAUCAGUCCGCACGCUUUGGAGCAGUAUAUGCACCCUGUAUUGGUGCAAGCCAUGGGCGAUGGAGAUGACUUGGUCGUCGUGGCAGCUCUACGUUCGCUUCCCUGCCUGCUGCGACGUCUGCGGCGGGGUACAUUGUGGGAGCUCUUGCAGUACGUGGCAAGUUUACUCGCGUAUCCCAAUACAUGGAUCCGCGAAGCGAGUGUAGGCGUUCUUGUGGCUGCCGUGGACUGUGGCGAGUCGGAAAUGGCCGAGCGGUGGAUGCGUAUCUACAUGCUGCUUCGCCCUUAUUUGCGGUGCGACAUUGCCACAUGCACGACGCUCUCCAUUUGGAGUCAUUUGCGCGAUCCUGUAGCGCCAGCCGUGCUGCACGCCUGUAUCGCAGGAGCCUCGCAUCCUUCUUCCACCCUGGCCACGUUCUGGCGUGCGCAUGCGGUGGCUGUCGUUACAGAUGAGGACACGAUGCAUCAAGCGGUGCGGGAUCAUAUGGACACGAUUGUGCGCCCGCCCACUGUCCCGCCGCCAACUACGAUUGCGCCUUCAACGGACGAUGAGCGUGCCAUGUUAGCUCGUCUUCACUCGCUCGGGAUGGAUAUGACGCACGAUCCACGGAACCUGGCAGCGCUGUGGUGGUACAUUGAGCGGCGUGGAAACGCGCCGAGUCGAUCGACGCGUGCGCCUCCAUCUACGUCGCUGGAAGGUGUUUCGCAGCAGACAAUCUUCUUCACGCCACGCAAUGUGCCCAUGGUCGUUCCCUCGGCUAUGUCUGUGCGGAUGGCGCAGGAUAGGAUGCAGCACCGCGGCGUUCAAGCCCCAGUAGCUACCCCUGUGAACGAGAAGCGGAGCGAUGAAGCAGGCUUCGUGCUGAGUCCCUCGCGGCCUGGAACGCCGCCCCCACCUCCUCCCGCAUCACACGCACGUCCAAGCCGUGCGCCGAGUAUGCAGGACGAUGCUGCCUCCAUUUCAGAUCGAUCACUCAAGCUACCUUUCCUCUCCGCGCCUAGCAUCGCGCAAACAAGCACCUCCCUAAUCACCGCUCACGCGGAACGUGCGAGCACAGAGCGAAUUACCGAGCCCCUGGGCCAUGCGCCUGCAGCCUCAACUACGCUCUCCGCUGGUAUGGGCAGCACGUACGAAGGUGUGGAUCCGUACAUCCACGCACACUUGGAAGCGGCGUACGAGCAUGGACUGAAAAUGCCAGCCACCGUAUCGGAGCCUGUAUCGACUUGGCCGACGGCCGCGUUGCCGGUACGCCGUGCCCCUGUGAGCAACCGACGACCGCAAGGUCAUUUGAUUGCCUAUUUCUCGGAGCACACGGCAGCCAUUACGUGUGUAGCGGUGGCUUCCGAUCAUGUGUUCUUCGUCAGUGGCUCAGACGAUGGCACCGUCAAAAUUUGGGACACGACCCGCCUUGAAAAGAAUGUCACGUCACGUUCACGCCUCACGUAUCCAGCCCAUCAUGCCCCCCUCACAUGUGUUUGUGUAUUGGAAGGUACACACUGCGUUGUCAGUACGGCGCGUGAUGGUUCCAUUCACGUUUGGGGCGUCACAAUUCACGUAAGUCAAACGCUUCCACGAUAUACACGCCCUCAGGUCUUGGGCCGCAAGAAGCUGGAGGAAGGGGAGUAUGUUACCAGCUUGCAGCAGGAUGUGCGAGGGGCCGUGCCGACCGUCCUCCUCGGCACCAACACAGGUCGCCUGCAUGUGUGGGACAUACGCACCAUGCGCAUCCUAUCGACCCUCGCUCAACCACGUGCGUGGGGCGCCAUCACCUGCAUGGCCAUCGAUCGCGAGCACCACUGGGUGUGUGCGUGUACGUCGCAAGGCCGGGUUGCCUUGUGGGACCUUCGGUUCCAGCUGCGCGCGCAGACAUGGGCGGUGGGCGAUGGCACCCCCGCACAAAUUCGCGCGUGUACUCUGCAUCCAACGCGACCUCGAUGCGUGUUGGUCGCAUGGGAAGCAGCAGUGCCCCAAAUGACCUGUCUAGAUCUUGAGCAGGGUACGAUGGACAGUGUGUGGCACGUGGGCUCAAUGGAAAGCGACGCAACGCCCGCCGUAGGUACACUGUGCACACCCAUCACCGAAGACACGGAUGAUCAUGUGAACACUGCGGCGCUCGUUGCCAUGUUGGCUCAAGACGUGUCAGCGUCGGCCACCACGAUGACUGAUGGCAUAUGGACCGUGGUCGCGAGCGUGGAUGGCUACACCAGCUCUCCUUCGCAGAGCAGCGAGGCGCCUUGUGGCUAUGUGAUCACGGGCGGGUCCGAUCGAAUUGUGCGGUUCUGGGAUUUAGGUCGCGCGGAACAUAGCACAGCAUGGGGUUGCGACGUCCGCGGCGAAUUCUCCCUGACGUCGCAGGGCUCCCUGCAGCAUUAUCACCAUGCUGUUCAGCUUCCGACCGAUGCACCACUACAUACGCCGCUUCAUAUUCACGAGCAGGCCAAGGCUGUUCAUGCAGGCACCACAUCGAUGCAGGCGCAGCAGCAUACUAUCACGGCGCUAGGAUACUUGGAGGUGCCGUUCCGUUGCAUGAUCGUGGCCGAUGUCGCAGGCACGCUGCGAGUGUGGGAGUAG